AUGGCGCCGCCGCUGUCGGUGGAUGAGCUGCUGGCACAGCAGGCGCAGCAGCCAGUGGCGCGGCCACGCUUUGUGUCGCGCAAGGAGCGCGAGAAGCAUCGAGAGGCGGAGCAAGCCGCUGCAUCGGAGGCUGACGCGGCCAAGCAGGCGCAGGUGAAGCGCGCGCGUAUCGACUGGCUGCAUCGAGGCGACGCGAAGCCUGCGCCAGCGCCCGCCGCGGAUGUGCGCACGCGCCCGGUGCGACGUGCGCGAGAUACCAUGAAGCGCUUCCACUUUGAGUGGAGUGCGGACGACGAUACGAGUGAGGCGGGUGUGGCGGGCGACGUCUCUGCGCCGGUCCUGCGCCGCCGGGCGGGUAUGGACGGCUCGGAGCGAAGUGCUUCGGGCAGGAGCACGAUGCCGUCUAUUUUGGCAGAGAAGCCAUGGUCGGACAAGACGCUGGAGGAGAUGCGUCCGCGCGACUGGCGCAUCUUCCGCGAGGAUUAUCAGAUCCAAAUCAAGGGCGGUACGGAUGCGCCACCGCCGCUGCGUGCGUGGCGCGAGUCGCGCUGUAUACCGCCUGCCUUGCUGGAUGCGAUCGAUGCGCUUGGGUACCGCGAGCCGACGCCGAUUCAGCGGCAGGCGAUCCCGGUGGGGCUGCAGUGUCGUGACCUCAUUGGCCUGGCCGAGACAGGGUCCGGCAAGACGUUGUCGUUUGUGGUGCCGAUGCUCGCGCAUGUGCUGCGGACGUCGCGGACGCACGGGGGUCCGUACGGCCUCAUUCUUGCGCCGACGCGUGAGUUGGCGCAGCAAAUCGAGGUCGAGGCGCACAAGCUGGCGCGGCAGUUGGGCGGCGUGCGUGUCGUGUCGAUUGUCGGUGGCCGUGAUCUGGGCGAGCAGGCGCAUUGGCUCGGUGAGGGUGCCGAUAUGGUCAUUGCGACGCCAGGGCGACUGCAAGACUGCCUGGAGCGGCAUAUGCUCGUGCUGACAGAGUGCCGCUUUCUCGUGCUGGAUGAGGCGGACCGGAUGAUUGACAUGAACUAUGAGGACGCGCUGCAUGCGAUUCUCGACUGCCUGCCAGCGCAGCGCACGACGAUGCUGUACUCGGCGACGAUGCCGCCGACGGUCGAUCGGAUGGCGCGCACGUACCUCCAGCAGCCGCUCACGAUCGUGAUCGGCCAGGCCGGCCAGGCUGUCGGCACGGUUGAGCAGCGUGUAGAGAUGAUCCAUUCGGAGGCGGAGCGGUUGCAGGGCACGCUGCAGGCGCUGGACAGUGGCUUGGCGCCGCCGAUGAUGGUGUUUGUCAACCAGAAAGCGAAUGCGGACGUGGUGGGCCGUGAGCUGCGUCGGGCCGGCUGGCAUGUGGCGAUUCUGCACUCGGGACUCUCGCAGCCGCAGCGCGAAGCUGCGAUUGCGUCGGUGCGGGAGGGCGUGAAUGAGAUUCUGUGCUGCACGGACAUUGGCGCGCGUGGCUUGGAUCUGCCGAACGUGUCGCUGGUGGUGAAUUAUCAGUUCCCCACGCAGUUUGCCUCGUACAUCCACCGGAUCGGACGCACGGGCCGUGCUGGCCGACGGGGCUGCGCUGUCACGAUGGUCGGCGACGACGAUGCCGAGCACUUUUACGCGCUGCGCCUCGAGCUGGCCAAGUCGCCCGUCUCGUCGGUCCCGGCAUUUUUGGCGCAGCAUCCCGCGGCCAUGGCAUCUACAUAG